AGUGAAGAACGAGUAGUAGUACUAAACGGAGUAGUUGUUAACGCGGCGUCGCCGUCAACAACGACCACCACAGGUCAGCCCUUCUCCGCCGCGCCAUCCGCUCUAUCCUAUACUAUAAAUUCACCGUCAAGUCCUCCUUUCUCAACCAUCACAAGUAACCCCUUUUCAUCAUUAUCACAAUCGCCGUUAAUUACAUGGCGUAUUAUCACGAUAAUGUAUACAUAAUUGCAGCGGCAUUCAAAUUAUGCAUGCUUCUGCUCCUCUCAUCCCCACGGCAAUGCCAAGGCCAGCAGCUGUCUCCGGCAUUCUACGACGCGACGUGCCCGAACGCGCCCGCCAUCGUCCGCACGGCCGUGAGGCAGGCGGUGUCGCGGGAGCGCCGCAUGGCGGCCUCCCUCAUCCGCCUCCACUUCCACGACUGCUUCGUCCGCGGCUGCGACGCGUCGGUCCUCCUCGACGAGUCGCCGGCCGUGGAGAGCGAGAAGACCGCGCUCCCCAACCUCGGGUCGGCGCGGGGCUACGACGUGAUCGAGGCCGCGAAGCGGGAGCUCGAGCGGGCGUGCCCCGGGGUCGUGUCGUGCGCGGACGCCCUCGCGCUCGCGGCCCGCGACGCGUCUGCCGCGGUGGGCGGCCCGUCGUGGGACGUGAAGCUCGGGAGGAGGGACUCCGCGUCCGCCAACAGAACGGAGGCGGAGGCCCAGCUUCCAAGCCCGUUCGACAACCUCGCGAAGCUCGUGUCGAGCUUCGCGAGCAAGGGGCUCAGCACCAGAGACCUGGUGGCCUUGUCUGGGGCACACUCUCUGGGCCAGGCUCAAUGUUUCCUCUUCCGGGAUAGAAUAUACCAGAACAGCACGACGAACAUCGAUGCCGGGUUCGCGAGCACCCGGAGACGGCAAUGCCCCAAGGACACUGGGAACGGGAAUCUGGCGCCGCUUGAUCUGGUGACGCCAAAUUCCCUCGACAACAACUACUACAAGAACCUCUUGAGCAAGAAAGGUCUGCUGGAAUCAGAUCAAGCCCUAGCCGAAGGCGGGGCCACGGCGGGCAUUGUGUCGGAAUACGCCAAGAGUCCCCGCGCUUUCCAAGCCGAUUUCGCGUCCGCCAUGAUCAAGAUGUCUGAGAUUCAGCCUCUUACUGGUCAGAAUGGGAUCAUUAGGAAGGUCUGCGGCUCCUUGAAUUGAUCAGAUGAACUAUAUGCUUCUUUUCAACUUUCAACUUUGUUGUAUUAUAUAUAAUCAUUCUUUUUACUUGGCUUCUUGAUUAUAUUCAUUGGUUCAUACACUCAAUUUGUAGAAACAAAAAAAAAGUGUGCAGUAAUAAUAUUUUGUUGUGUAC